AUGACAGAGUUGCACCAGGCAGUGGCAGCGGGACAUUUUCACAAGGUUCAGGAGCUUCUGAGCCAAAACAAAUGCAACCCCAACCACAGGGACAUCGACUGGAGUUACAAGACUCCUCUGCACUGGGCAGCAGCUAAAGGACAUACAGAAACAGUGAGGAUCCUUAUUGAGCACGGAGCCAGGCCAUGCCUGAGGACAGAGCAUGGAUGGACUCCUGCUCACUAUGCUGCAGAGUCUGGUCGGCUUUCUGUCUUGCAGCUGCUGCACUCCAUCCAUGCUCCAAUAGACAAAGAAGACUGCUGUGGAGACAAACCAGUACGGAUAGCCGAGAUAUAUGGACACCAAGACUGUGUUCAUUUCCUCAAAACUGCAGAGCUUGAGUGUCAGGCCUAUCGCAGGCUGGCAGCCGUAAAAGGCAUUUCGUUGGAUGACACAGAUGAGGAGUGGGGAAAAAGAGGAUAAAGAAAAUGACGAGAAGGUGAUCUCAAGCUGCAACAUUCACAAGAAGACCUAAUGCACCUUUACUCCAAAUGAAGAGACUCACUCACAUCAUUGUAGUCUUUGAACUUACAGUUAUAUCUCUGACAUGUCAAAAUAUCCUGUUAAUGAUAAAGAUGUGCACAAUGUUGCUCAAACUGUAUUCAUAUGCACUUUAAUAUAAAUCCAUUUAACAAAGAAAACAGACCUGCCAGCUGUACCCAAAGAAGAAUUUGUACAGUAAAAUACAAUGCAGAUAACAAUGGGUUACAAUAAUAUUUCAUCUCCAUAAAAAAAUAAAAUAAAAUAAAAAACAAGCAUACAACAGAAUAUAGAAUGUAUGUAAAUUUAAAAUGUACUUUGUUGUGGUUUAGAUUGUACUCUACAUUUGAAGUACUUCACUUUUUCAUUGUGUUGCCUCUGACUUUGUGGAGCUUUUGCUGAUGGAUUGUGGAGCCUGGAGAGGAGGAUAGUGUUUGUUAGCUUUCUGUAAAUACAUGAAGGAUAUUUGUGUACAGGUACACACAGUCACACGGCACUUACCUUUUUGGAGAAGCGUUUCAUCAGUGCAUCACGUACCUGUCGAAAAUGGAUGAAAAAUAUGAUUAAUAUUAUUCAUGGUCUUGUGUGUGCACUUACCAAAUUUUAGUCAACUUUUGUGUGUUGCAUUUUUUUUUUCUUUUUAAGGACAAAUAAAUGCAAAACUAAAUAAUUGUUCUCUCUCGCU